CAGUUGAUAAUCAAUUUGAUAUCUAUAAGUACUUUUCGUAGGCUUCACUGUAAAUAAAUAUAGAACCUGAAAUAGUGUAGCUUUAAUAGGAGGGGCGUGGAUUGUAGAUAACGAUGAACCGAUAACGGAGCUAAGGCCAAAUAUAAUGUGCUGUUUAUACGCGUCACUCGACAAUUUUUUGCACUUUUUGCGCGUCUGCAAUAUCGAACGGACUUUGCUAUCGAACUGUGUAUCUACAUCGGCUGUGUCUAUUUGCGAAUAACUUAAUUUCAACACAAGUGUUUUUAAUAAAUAAUACUGAAUUUAAGUGUUAUACUUUUAAAAUUUAGUGAUUUUAUCGUAAAGAAAGUAAACAAUGAAAGACCCUCCUCGGUGUGAAGAUGUGGCUGACAAAAUUGUGAGGCUUUUUGGAUGGAGACAGACAUAUCCAGUUCAGAAGUUGCAGAAAAACUUAUUACCUAAACAGAACGAAACGGGGCCGGAGACAUGGGUUGGAGUGCGAGCGCUUCGCGCAAGUUCGGGAGGUAUUCUGGACCUUGACGACCGCGUGAGAGAUGUGGCUGACGACAGAGAGACGCUCACCGCCGAGUGUGCCAACCAGGCGCAGCCAAGGGCUGCUCAAGCAGAUGGCGCGAGUGGUUCCUCUGCUGGCACCGCAUCACCGGAUAUGUUUCGGGGCGGUGGCGGCGUGGGGGGCAGUAUGCGGGUACCUAAUACGGAUUCCUGUGUAGAAGUCGGCGUCGCGGACCUAGAGGACGGUGCUAAUGGCUUACAAGUGCGCCGCGGAAGCGAGCCCUCUUUACAUCAAGACACAUUGCCUCCGCAAAGACAGGUUUCAGACCAAAGCAAGCGCUGGUCGGCGGCGGUGGUGUGCCGCGACGACACGAGCCGCGCGCCGCACAAAGCGCAUUCCUUAGACGCGCGCCCGGCCGACGCCUCGCCGCCCGGACAGCACUUCCAACGACAGUCCAACCGCCUCUCUAUGCAGUUCUCCGGACCUGGAAGUGGGGUUUGGCUUGAUGCAGCAGAGCGAGUACAAGUGUAUGAGAGUAAGAGUCUACCCCGAGAUGCCCGCAAGGAACCCUUGGGUCAAGACACGCCGAGUAACAACCAGAACCACAGAGUGGAAGAUAUGUUGAGGUGGGUGACUGGAGUCAAUAAUGUGGCCAGCGUACAUCCUGUUCAAGAACGACCAUUGGAUCUUCUUCCAGAAGGAAAUAGUGAAAGGGCUAUAUCAGGCACGGAGGUUCCAGUCAGUCCAAGCAGUAAACCAGUAUCGAAAGCCAUGCAGACCGUGGCUGUUACCCUGGUCAAGGGUGAAAAGGGGCUAGGUUUCACUAUCACCACCAGAGAUAACCCCACAGGAGGACAUUGCCCCAUUUAUAUUAAGAAUAUUUUACCAAAGGGCGCGGCGGUGUCGGACGGGCGGCUGCGCGCCGGUGACCGGCUGGUGGCGGUGAACCGGCAGGCGGUGGCGGGCCGCUCGCAGCAGCAGGUGGUGGCGCUGCUGCGCAACACGCCGCAGGGCGCCAGCGUGCACAUCGUCGCCGAGCGCCACGCCGAGCGCCCCGCCGAGCGCGCUGCCGAGCGCUCCGCCGACCGCGCGCGCACGCAGAUAGUGGAACCUCAGCAAAGUCCGUCAAAGUAUAACGAAAAGCCUAUAGGACCACCGGCGAGCAUACAAUCGCAGCCUACCGAGGCUACGAAACCUGAAAACGGUCGAGUUUCUAGUAUAGUAAAUGCCAUAAACCAGGGCAACAAUAACUCAGUCAGAGGAAGAAUACCUAAGAGCUCAUCAAAGGACGACCUACUGAAGGAUCACUCGGCCGAUAGUGCUUUACAAGAGGCCUUAAAUUCUUCUUCUAAUUCUUUACUAGGUCUGCGUAACCGUCUAAUCUUAAGGCUAGAUGUGCCAGUACACGAUUCUGAAAAAGCUGGCCUCGGCAUAAGCGUGAAAGGAAAAGUGACAGUGGGACCUGACCCCCAUGACUUAGGAAUUUUUAUUAAGUCUGUACUACAUGGGGGUGCUGCGUCUAGAGAUGGAAGGUUACACACAAACGACCAGUUGCUCAGCGUCAAUGGCGUGUCACUGGUGGGACAGUCUAAUGCAGAGGCAAUGGAGACGCUUCGCCGGGCGUUACUACACUCAAGGCCUAAUGUACAUGGAAGCAUAUCUCUCACUAUCGCUAGACGAACAGACAGCAUGGAUAGCUUAGCGAGGUGGAAAGACGACACACCACCGAACGGUAACGACACGACAAACUCGAAUGAAAAUAGCAAUUCUCAAAAUUUCAACACAGUCAUAUACAACACGACACAAGAAAAAAAACUGCAGGAUUAUAAUCACAAAGAAAAUAGUCAGGAAAGUCUCGAUAACCCCGACGGAAGGAGUACAAAGAAACAUGCCUCAAUAGUCACUAUCAAUAAUAACAAUAGUUGGGUGUCCAAUCAGUCGGACGAUAGUAAAGGGUAUUUAGAGAGAGACAAGGAUAUGCCGCACGAUAACAAGAGAGAUAGUUUUGAGUGGAGUCGUUUGGACGGGUGGAAUCCUGUAAUAGAUAGGCUGACAGGCUUGCGCAAUGAGAGUUAUUACAUGGCAACGCAAGUGGAGCCCCCGGUCACGAACGGACAUCACUAUAGACAAAACUUAGGACAUGUUCACAUGUCUAGAUCUCCCCCUGCACACCAUAAUGUUAUCAUCGAGGAGGAUUAUGGAACGACGAGGCACAGCGCGGGCGAGUCGGGCAGCGAGAGCGGCGCGUUCAGCCGCGACGCGGUGGGGCGCCGCUCCAUGUCGGAGAAGCGGCACGCGGCGCUGGACGCGCGCAGCACCGGCACCUACCGCAGGCUCAAGGAGAGCAAGGCGCUCAGCGCUAUGCAAGUUGGUCCGUCUCUUGGUAUGCGGAAAUCAUCAAGUCUAGAAUCUCUCCAGACAGCGAUACAGGAAACUCAAAGAAUCCCAAUUCGAAACGAACCCAUCUAUGCACGAGCUCACCCACCGCUAAAACAUUGGCUAACCGAUGAUAAUGCAGCUCCAGAAACGAUCGUACGAGGCUCGCCACAACAAUCUUCGUUAUCACAUAAGAAACCCUCACUACUUAAAUCCUUAUCCACAAUGUUUAGGAUCGGCAAGCCACACAAGAAGGCGGAGCCGGAGAUCUACGGACGCGCCCAGCCGGGCCGCUCGUCGGAGAAACUGUCUCGCGAGACUCUCGAGAGACACCGCUCCGACGAGCGUGCUCCUGACGAACCCGUGCCAUCCACAAGGGAGGAGCGCGCGCGCGGCGGCUCGCAGCGGCGCGCGGCGCGCACGGCGCCCUCGCCCGCGCGCGCGCACCGUGACUUCAAUAAAAUGAUGUUAUUCUUCGUGCAGCAGGUGAUGGACAACGCCUGGGGCCCAACCGGGCACUACGUUAAUUAUGAAGAAAUACAACAAAAUUUAAACAGUCAGCGGCGGGAGAAACUGAGCGAGGUGCAGAUCGGGCAAGUGCGACGGACCGCGCAACACGACAGUAGACGACCAGCCGCUGCCGGAUAUCACUCCCAACGGUCCUGCAAGGACAGUGGAGCUCGGCCGCAGUCCAACUACUACGAAUACGAAAGCGCUCCACCAAGAAGACCAGGGAAACUCUCGCACUACCACUGAACUCUGCGAAGUUAUAGUUCUGGAUAUUAUCUUACGAGAUGACUCGACACGCUAUACACCAAUCUGCUUCAAAAACUCUCAAAAAAUUCCUGAUAUUGGAAUAUUUUUUUAAGUAAGCUGUUUGAACAAUUCUAACCCAAUAAUCCAGAAGCACGUGCAAAAAAUAAAUUAGCCUUAACCUCGAUCUGGUUUAUUUCAGUGAAGUUGAAUGGAUGUGCUGGAUAUCUGGAUUGGAAAAAUGUAAACAGCUAAUGGAGAAAUAAAAUUCCAUAUCAUAAGUUCCGAGAAUAUAAAUAGAAGACAAUGCUAUCUUAUAUUAGUUAGGACAUUUGGUGAUACUAUUGACAGGCCCGCUUGUUGUGUAAAUAUUUCUCAAAUUAAUUAGGCUAUGAAAUAUUUUGUAAGUUUUAUUUAGGAGCGCUAUCAGGAAUUGUCAUCCAUUAUGCUAUGACAUUAUCACCUGAAAGCGUACUGUGAAACAUACAGAGCUACUUGUAACUGGAUUUUGAAUGUGUUCAUUAUAAGAAAUAUGUACAUAUAUGAGAAAGUGAAGUUGUUUGUUGGAUCUGAAUGAAAUCUUAAAUCAAAAAUGUUACUUAAACAUAAAUUCUACUUUAUUAUUGAAUUAUACUUACCUGAACUAUUGUA